AUGGCGCCGCUACCCAUCAAGUUCCAGGAGCUGGUGCAGCUCAGCAGCCUCGGCGUGGACACGCAGUCUAUCGGCUUCAACUCUUGCACACUAGAGUCGGACUCGUUCGUUUGCAUCCGCGAAAAGAAAAACGAAGCUGCUCAGCCGGAGGUUGUCAUUGUCGAGCUCAAAAAUGGCAACCACGUAACGCGCAGGCCCAUCAAGGCCGAUAGUGCCAUCAUGCACUGGAACAAGCAAAUCAUUGCCCUCAAGGCCCAGUCGCGGACCCUGCAGAUCUUCGACCUCGAGCAGAAGAAGAAGCUCAAGUCGUGCACAAUGAACGAGGAUGUCCAGUUCUGGAAGUGGAUCAGCGAGUCUACUCUGGGCCUCAUCACAACCAGCAGUGUGUACCACUGGGACGUCUACGAUGCCUCGCAGGAUGCGCCCGUCAAGGUCUUUGAGCGCAACGCUAACCUCAAUGGCUGCCAAAUCAUCAAUUACCGAGUCAACAGCGAUGGAAAGUGGAUGGUUGUGGUGGGCAUCUCCUCGGUGCAGGGCCGAGUGGUUGGCGCCAUGCAGCUCUACUCCAAGGACCGAGGCAUCAGCCAGGCUAUCGAAGGCCACGCUGCCGGCUUUGGCACCCUUAGGCUCGACGGCGCGCCCCAGGACACCAAGAUCUUCAGUUUCGCUGUGCGGUCGGCGACCGGCGCCAAGCUGCACAUUGUCGAGGUCGACCAUCCGGAUUCCAACCCGGUUUUCCAGAAGAAGGCCGUCGACAUCUUCUUCCCGCCCGAAGCUACAAACGACUUUCCGGUCGCCCUGCAGGUGUCGCAAAAGUACGGUGUCAUCUUCAUGGUCACCAAGUACGGCUUCAUUCACCUGUACGAUCUGGAGACGGGCUCGUCCAUCUUCAUCAACCGAAUCUCCAGCGAGACCAUCUUCACAAGCUGUGCUGAUGAUGCAUCUUCGGGCCUCGUCGGUAUUAAUCGCAAGGGCCAGGUGCUCUUCGUCACCAUCGAUGAUGCCACCAUCAUCCCCUACUUGCUGGAAAAUCCCGCUAACACAGAGAUCGCCAUCAAGCUCGCUUCAAGAGCUGGCCUGCCAGGUGCUGAUAACCUCUAUGCUAAGCAGUUCGAUCAACUCUUUAACAGCGGGAACUACCUCGAGGCUGCCAAGAUCGCCGCCGGCUCGCCCCGCGGCUUCCUGCGCACCCCCGAGACGAUCGAGAAGUUUAAGCGCCUCCCCACUCAGCCUGGCCAGAUGGCUGUUACGCUGCAAUACUUUGGAAUGCUGCUCGACAAGGGAUCUCUGAACAUGCAUGAAACGCUUGAGCUGGCCCAGCCUGUGCUGCAGCAAAACCGAAAGCACCUCCUCGAGAAGUGGUUCAAGGAGGGCAAGCUGGACUGCUCCGAGCAGCUCGGUGACAUGAUUCGCCCGUAUGAUGUCAAUCUGGCCCUGAGCGUCUAUCUCCAGGCCGGCGUCCACCACAAGGUCGUUGCUGGAUUUGCCGAGACUGGCCAGUUUGACAAGAUUCUGCCGUACGCUGCUCAAUCCGGAUACCAGCCCGAUUACCUCCAGCUUCUCCAGCACAUCAUCCGGACGAACCCCGACAAGGGAACUGAGUUCGCUACUGCUCUCGCCAACCAUGAAGGCGGCCCCCUGAUUGACCUGGAACGGGUCUGCGAUAUCUUCCAGUCUCAGGGCAUGGUCCAGCAGGCCACCGCUUUCUUGCUCGACGCCCUCAAGGAGAACAAGCCCGAGCACGCCCGUCUUCAGACUCGCCUUCUGGAGAUGAACCUGAUGCACGCUCCUCAAGUGGCAGAGGCCAUCCUUGGCAACGACAUGUUUACGCACUUUGACAAGGGCCGAAUCGCCCAGCUGUGCGAACAGGCCGGCUUGGCCCAGAAGGCGCUCGAGCUGUAUGAAGAUCCCGAGGCCAUCAAGCGCGUCAUUGUCAACAUUCCCGGCACCCCCAACUUCAACCCGGAGUGGCUCUCCAACUUCUUUGGCAAGCUUUCUGUCGAGCAGUCUCUGGACUGCCUCGAUGCCAUGAUGAAGCACAACAUCCGCCAGAACCUCCAGUCUGUUGUCAACAUCGCCACCAAGUAUUCGGAGCUGCUCGGAGCCGUGCGUCUCAUUGACCUCUUUGAGAAGUACAAGACUGCAGAGGGUCUCUUCUACUACCUUGGCAGCAUUGUCAACCUCUCCGAGGAUCCCGACGUCCACUUCAAGUAUAUUGAGGCUGCGACCAAGAUGGGCCAGUUCAACGAGGUGGAGCGUAUCUGCCGUGACAGCACGCACUACAACCCCGAGAAGGUGAAGAACUUCUUGAAAGAGGCCAAGCUGCCCGAGCAGCUGCCUCUCAUUAUCGUGUGCGACCGCUUCAACUUCGUCCAUGACUUGAUCCUGUUCCUCUAUCAGAACCAGCAGUUCCAGGCCAUCGAAGCGUAUGUCCAGCGCGUCAACCCCUCCCGAACCCCGGCCGUGAUCGGAGGCCUGCUCGAUGUCGACUGUGACGAGAAGAUCAUCAGGGACCUUCUCUCAACCGUUGAUGCCCACCAGAUCAACAUUGAUCAGCUCGUGUCCGAGGUCGAGUCUCGCAACCGCCUGAAGCUUCUGCUGCCAUUCCUCGAGGCCACCCUCCAGGCCGGAAACCAACAGCAGGCCGUCUACAACGCCCUGGCCAAGAUCUACAUCGACUCCAACAACAACCCCGAGAAGUUCCUUAAGGAGAAUGACCAGUAUGACACCCUCGUUGUCGGUAAAUACUGUGAGAAGCGCGACCCCAACUUGGCGUACAUUGCCUACUCCAAGGGCCAGAACGAUCUGGAGCUGGUCAACAUUACCAACGAGAACUCCAUGUACAGAGCCCAGGCUCGAUACCUGCUGGAGCGCGAGGAUCCCGAGCUCUGGCGCUUCGUCCUGAGCGAGAACAACAUCCACAGGCGAUCAGUUGUCGACCAGGUUACCGCGACUGCCGUUCCCGAGUCUACCGAUCCGGCUAAGGUGUCUGUUGCCGUUUCCUGCUUCUUGGAGAACGACCUGCCCCUGGAGCUUAUCGAGCUCUUGGAGAAGAUUGUUCUCGAGCCCUCUCCCUUCAGCGACAACCAGAACCUGCAAAACUUGCUCAUGUUCACCGCCGCCAAGGCUGACAAGGCCCGUGUGAUGGACUACAUCCACAAGCUGGACAACUACAAUGCCGAUGAAAUUGCCACUGCCUGUAUCGAUGUCGGUCUCUUUGAGGAAGCCUUUGAGAUAUACAAGAAGGCUGACAACAAGACUGCCGCCGUCAACGUCCUCAUCGAGCAUGUCGUCAGCAUUGACCGCGCUCAAGCCUAUGCCGAAGAUGUCGAUCUGCCCGAGGUUUGGAGCAAGGUUGCCAAGGCUCAGCUGGAUGGCCUCCGCGUCUCCGAUGCUAUCGAGUCCUACAUCAAGGCUGAUGAUCCUUCCAACUAUGCCGAGGUGAUUGAGAUUGCCACGCAUGCUGGCAAGAACGAGGAACUCGUCAGGUAUCUCCGCAUGGCACGCAAGACCCUCCGCGAGCCCGUCAUUGACACAGCUCUUGCCUUCUGCUACGCAAGGCUCGAGCAGCUGUCUGAGCUGGAGGACUUCUUGCGUGCUACCAACGUCGCCAACAUUGAGGAGUCUGGUGACAAGGCUUACGAGGAGGGCCUGUACGAGGCGUCAAAGAUCUUCUACACUAGCAUCUCCAACUGGGCCAAGCUGGCAACUACCCUGGUCCACCUCGGCGACUACCAGGCCGCUGUCGAGUGCGCGCGCAAGGCGAACAACAUCAAGGUCUGGAAGCAGGUCCACGAGGCUUGCGUCAGCAAGAAGGAGUUCCGACUUGCCCAGAUCUGCGGUCUUAACCUGAUCGUCGAUGCUGAGCAGCUCCAGGAGCUGGUCAAGGACUAUGAGAAGAAUGGGUACUUUGACGAGCUCAUUAGCCUUCUCGAGCAGGGCCUGGGUCUCGAGCGCGCUCACAUGGGUAUGUUCACCGAGCUGGGUAUCGCCCUCUCCAAGUACCACCCCGAGCGCCUCAUGGAGCACCUCAAGAUCUUCUGGUCCAGAGUCAACAUGCCCAAGAUGAUCCGAGCGUGCGAGGAGGCCAACCUGUGGCCUGAAUUGGUCUUCUGUUACUACCACUACGACGAGUUUGACAAUGCCGCGCUCACCGUUAUCGAGCGACCCGAGAACUCCUGGGAUCACCAGCAGUUCAAGGAGAUUGUGGUCAAGGUUGCCAACUUGGAGAUCUACUACCGUGCGAUUCGAUUCUACGUUGAGCAGCACCCGUCCCUGCUCACCGAUCUCCUGGCCGCUCUCACCCCUCGUGUCGAUGUUAACCGCGUUGUCAAGAUGUUCCAGAAGAACGACAGUCUGCCGCUCAUCAAGCCGUUCCUCCUGAACGUGCAGAGUCAGAACAAGCGCAUUGUUAACGAGGCCGUCAAUGACCUGCUGAUCGAGGAGGAGGACUACAAGACGCUGCGCGACUCGGUGCAGAACUACGACAACUACGAUGCCAUGGAGCUUGCGGCUCGUCUGGAGAAGCAUGACCUGAUCUUCUUCCGCCAGAUCGCCGCCAGCAUCUACCGCAAGAACAAGCGCUGGGAGAAGUCCAUUGCCCUGUCCAAGCAGGACAAGCUCUACAAGGAUGCCAUUGAGACCGCUGCCAUCUCCGCUAAGACCGACAUUGUCGAGGAGCUCAUCAGAUACUUUGUCGACAUUGGUCAUCGCGAAUGCUAUACCGGCAUGCUGUACGCAUGCUACGAUCUCAUCCGACCUGACCUUGUUCUGGAGCUCUCUUGGCGCAACGGCCUCAACGACUUCACCAUGCCAUACAUGAUCAACCUGUUGGCGCAGCAGACCAAGGAAAUUUCGCUGCUCAAGGCCGACAACGAGGCGCGCAAGGCUAAGGAGAAGGAUCAUGAGAAGGUCGAGGACAACACACCCAUCCUGGGCGGUGCUCGACUCAUGAUUACUGCCGGCCCCGGUGGAGGCGUUUCUCCUGCCCCUUAUGGCCAAGCUAAUGGUUUUGCGCCGCAGCCUACUGGCUACAACUAUUAGAUGCAAGUGCCAGUGUGGCAAUGGAUCGAAACGCAGCCGAAGUACCCCUUACACGUAAUGUGUAAUGCUUUUUAUUUUGCGCCUCGCAUAGUUAGCUCUUACGAAGAAGCCCAGACGCGUUCCGAGCGAAGUAUGGAGAGUUGAAAGGGGCAACAUGGACGGGCUGCUUUGUGAGCCUUUUUUAUACUUUUUCAUUAAGAAUAAUGAUUGUAGAGAUAAAAAAGGGCUUUUCGUCCCGGGGGAGGAGGCAAUGGGCUGGGAGGUCUGUUAGUCGCGGACCCCUUUUAUUUUACUUUAGCUUUAUUUCCUUGCAGUUAGAUCGGAGGAGGAAAAGAAUAUUCUCUUUUUUUGUGACUCAAUGGGGAGCGAGGCGGAAAGGAAAUUUGCGAGGCUGCAAAAUGU